ACUCCAUUAUUGGCACCUGCUUCUCUGAGUGAAACCUCUGAAAUAGUUACGAGCUUGGAUCAGUCUACAGAUCAAGAAAUGGGUGGUUAUUCACCAGAGAGCUCACUUUCUACUCCUCCUCCAGUCCAAAGAGUUAUGGAUCCAGGAUUUCUAGACAUGUCUGGUAUUUCAUUUCCUGAACUCACCAACUUGACAAAAGUAUCUGACAUCUCUGCCACCUUCAAGAUGCCAACGGCAGACACUUCAGGAGAAACUGAAAAUCUAACGUCUAACAGUGAAUCUACUGGUUAUUUUGAGAAUCUCACAGCUUUGGACCCUGAAGACUUGACCACAUAUCCUGAGGGUUCAGCUAAGCAGCCUGAGCUGGAUCAGCCAAUACCUUCCGUUUCGUCUUUACCUUCUCUUGUUCUUCCUAAUGAAAUUUCAACAACAGCACUAGGAACUGAUCCAAAUAACCAAGAAACAAAGCUACUCCUAAACAGUACUGAGAGCUCAUUAUCCACUACUACACUUAAACCUGAUGAAGAAAAAGCACAUGCACAGAAAGAAGUUACACAGGAGCAGUGA